CAACGAGACAUUUUGAAGCAUGUCAUUUUUGUUUCUAACUGACACAGUUAUUACAGAAGCUUAUAAUAAUUUUAUUUCUAUUUUAUUUGUAAAGUAAAAGAUAAAACUUUAUAUUAAUUUACAAAUAAUUUAUAACAAUGAGUUGUUUAAAAAAGGAGCGGAAGCCCAUGGUUCCCCUGAAAACCCUAGAUAUAAUAUUCCGACGUCGUUAUGUUCCCAACACACAACAUUACUUCACGAAUCGUAAACAUGCUGUGGAGCAGGACACAAAGCAUAAAAAGCAGAUGAAGCCGUUCCGCGUUCCAAAAUCUGAGAAGCUGUUGUCUUACAUAAAGUACAGUGAUCGAAAAGAAAAAGUUACUACAAGAGAAAGAUUAGCUCAACCACUUCAUCUCAAAGAUAAUCUGAGAGUCGCAGCCACCAGGGAUAUAUCUCAAAGACUGUUUGUUGAGGAACCUCCUGAUGAUGUUAGAGCAGUUGUGGAAAUUCAUCCUGAGUUUUAUACCGUGAUUGAAGGUCGUCCUUUGCGAUGUUUUGACGACAUCAAAGUUUAUCUGAACAAUAUUCGAGCUUAUGCAAUGGACCGGCAACAAAUCGGUUAUCGACGAGACUUGAUUCUGAAAAUAGAAAAAAGCGACGUUGAAGAAGCUGAGCAUUACGAAAAGAUAGUUGAAAAAUUAAAGCAACAUAUUAAAAACUUUCAAACUUUUCUCACGGAGGAUUACAAGAAGGCUUGCUAUAAAGUGGCGCGAGCAGAAAAAGUUUACAACACUUUGCUCGCUAAAGACUCUGAGUUUCUUGGGUAUGUUUCUAGUUUGACGAUUUUGAACAAUAUUUUGUUUAAACUUGAUGCCAUUAGAAGUAUUUUGAAGACGUACAGAAGUUAUUUAAUGUUUGUAGCGCCUUUGUCAUGGAGGCAACAAAAUGACGAAACUUUAAAAGGUAGGAUAAUGUCAAUUCAGUUUGAAGCGGGAGAAUUUGCUACUGAUAAUGAUUUAGUUGAAUCCUUGGAUAUUGAAAAAACAGUAGAGAUGGCUAAAAUUGAAUUCAAAAACCCACUUCCAGCUUGUCUCUUUUUCAAGAGACCUGAACAAAUGAUGUAUUUGUUCCGUUCGAUGGAGCUGCAGUCUCGAGAGUAUUUAAUGGAGCUUGCAAAAACCGAUGGACCUAAUCGUAUGCUUCGAGACCGCUUCAAACAGUUAAAACUGGCGCAGGCGCAAGAGUCUGAUUAUUUCCAAUAUUAUAUUGAUAUUAUUAACUUUGAAAUAUCCCGUGAAAGUUUCAAUGAAGAACAUUUACGCAAUAAGUUUUACAGAAUUUUAAAUGAAUCUUUUUAUGACAGUAUUGCGAGUCCAACCACAUUGAAAUUGAAAAUAUGCAUUGAGUACGUCUACGAACAAGUUUUUGGAAAAUGCGAAGAGGGUCAUCAUAGUCUCCAGGAUCCUCUGAAAAUUCUUGAAGUAAUGUAUGAAGACUAUAACUUGCGUCUGGAUGCAUUAGAUUUCCAAAUAGUGGUCCAAGCACAGAAAGAUUUCUUUGCACAAGACUUGAAAAUGAUGCAGAAUGCUUAUAAUGCACAAAGGGAACUCAGAGCUUUUAGAGAAAUGACAAAUGCCAUCAACAAAGCGUUUUGGCCACCUGCAAAGUAUGUUCGGCCACCAAUAAAAAAAUUUUUAGACAAAAAGAGUCGAUACCAGGCUAUGAUGGCCGAGAAGAAGAAAACUGAAAUUUUAAGCGGAGAACGACUAAAACCUAAGAAGUAUAAGCUAUCAAUGGAGGAACGCGAGGGCUUACUACUAUUUACUGAGUGGUGUGAAGGUAUGAACCCGGCUCCCUUCUUAAAGGAAUACAAUGAAUUUACGAAGCCUGUAUUUGAGUGGAAACCUCAAAAGUCUAGACAAUUUCAUCCAAUGGAACAUUAAGUUUGAUAUUUUAUUGUAAUAUUUUAAUGUUUAUUUGUUAUUUCUAAUUCAUUUAAAUUAUUUGUCUGGUAAUAAAGUACAUUUAA